CGAGGUUGAGGCUGGGACUGAACAAUUAAAUUAUAAAUAGGAAGGGUUUGAGUUUGCGAUCGUUUCUGAAUUCUGAGUUCCAUUCUCUCAAGCCACAUCCAUGGCGUCAGACAAAAUAGAAGAGAAGUUCCACGUCGACCACAACUCCGAUUCCGAUUCUUAUUCCAGUUCCGACGACGACCACACCACCGGAUCCAACGUUUACCGCCUCUUCGGCCGCGAUCAGCCCGUCCAUAAGGUCCUGGGCGGUGGAAAACCUGCUGAUAUUUUGCUAUGGAGGAACAAGAGAAGCACCGGAAUUGUACUUGGUGCUGGCACUGCCUUUUGGGUUUUCUUUGAGUUGAUGGAGUACCACCUCAUAACUUUUCUUUGCCAUUUAAUGAUUCUCUCUCUGGCCGCACUUUUCUUGUGGUCCAAUGCAUCUGUCUUUAUCCACAAGUCUCCACUGCAAAUCCCGCAUAUAGCAAUUCCUGAGGACUGCUUUGUCGAGGCUGCUUCCGCUUUAAGAACUGAAAUUAACCGAGCCUUAGUUAUUUUGCGGGAAAUCGGAACUGGGCGAGAUUUAAAGAAGUUCCUUAGCAUUAUUGCUGUAUUGUGGGUUAUCUCGGUUAUUGGGAGUUGGUUCAACUUCUUGACCUUGUUUUACCUAUUCUUUUUGUCGCUGUUCACAUUGCCACUGGUGUAUGAGAAAUAUGAAGACCAGGUUGAUGCAAUAGGUGAGAAGGCGAUGAUUGAGAUAAAAAAGCAGUAUGCAGUGUUUGAUGCUAAGGUUUUGAGCCAGAUACCAAUAGCGGGCAUGAAAAAGGAUUAGAAUACAUCAUCUAUCAGGUCUUGUUCAGAUGUCAAGUUAAUUUCUUACUGCAUCUCCCCCUUCCUCUUUUAAUUAAUUGGGUGAAAUAUAGUUUGAGUAAUAAAAGUCCAUCUAGUCCCGGCUUUACUUUUGAGGAUUAUCUUGGAUUUUUUAUGAGUAGCCUUAAAUUAAAUGUCAAAACAUCACAUUGACUUGAUGAACGUGCAUCCCAUGUCAUCCAAGGAUGUGCAUCCCAAGUUC